AUGUUUGUGUUGGCCGUGUCGCCUCCGUCAGCUCGGGAGGGCUCUUUGGACGUGUGCACGUCUGAGCCCUGCCAAGCACCACCUGCCACUUCGGAGCUGCUCCAACGCCCCCGUGGAAAAGAAGGCAUAGGGCGUCCUCCCAAGAAGCCCCUGCUGCCCCGAAGGAGGCUUUCCCCGGUGACACUUCCUGUGCUGAAACCAGAGGAUGGACGGGGAGAGCAAGCUGCAGGAGACAAGCCCCCUGAGAGGUCUGAGCCCUGCCAAGCACCACCUGCCACUCCGGAGCUGCUCCAACGCCCCCGUGGAAAAGAAGGCAUAGGGCGUCCUCCCAAGAAGCCCCUGCUGCCCCGAAGGAGGCUUUCCCCGGUGACACUUCCUGUGCUGAAACCAGAGGAUGGACGGGGAGAGCAAGCUGCAGGAGACAAGCCCCCUGAGAGUGUGCUACCAGACAUUGAGAGGGACUAUUCAAAGGAGGACAAGAGCAAAAUGACGCACCGCGUCAGGAGGAAAACUGAAAUCCCUGCCUGCAAUGGCCAUCAGAGAGUAGGACAGGAGGUCUGCUACCUGUGCAUGCAGCAAGAGGAACGAAGUCUGCGGGCAGCCCUGCUGAAGCAGAAAGAAGAGCAAGAAAGGGCUGAGUGGGCAGAACUGCAGGCCUGGCAGGCCAGGAUGGCAGCGCUGCACGCCCAGAGAGCACGUGCUGCAUGGAAGCUGGAGAUUGCUAAAAUAGCCAAAACGGAGAAAAAAGAAUACAACGAUAACCUGAAAUCCUACUGGUCCCCUCCUCCAUCCUACACCAUAAGAAGGGAGUAUGACAGACAGCUCCAGGAGAGGAGGGAGGUGUGGGGAAAGUAGCCAAAGCAUAUACCAGGGAAGACCUCAUGGCAAUGCCAUCAAGCACUGCCAGCCAUCUGGGCAAAGUUUUAGAGGUGGACGGAGCCGGCUGGGGAAGAGCAGAAGAACAGAAAGAGCAAAACCCAUUCAGGGCUCACGACAAGAGUGUGCCUGGUUCCUCUGGUGUGUCUGAGCAGGGCUGGUGCCUUGCCUUCCUGCAGGGGGAGGAGGCACAAGCAACACGAUCUGGCUGCAGAACGACACCACUGUGAAGGAAUCCUGUUGUUUCCAGCUAGCCAAAUGGGUCUCCCCAGCCGUCCGAGAUUAACCCAAAGAGUCAACUCUUAGUUAAAGCAGC